AACCUGGUGAUAUUUAGGCCUACAAUUUUUGUAUGACAACUGGUACCGUAUUGGAGAAUCCGAGAUACCUGCUAGGCCUGUCUGCUUCCAGAAGAUCUAGUCCAUAUUGUUCUUUGAUCAUUCGGAGACACUUUAUGUCGCAUUGUCCCCCCAAAUGUCACCCCUUCCAGAGGAAUGAGAUCACCCGACGCCAUCUUUGAUGUUUAUGUAGCGAUGCGCGCACUGGACGAUCGAUCGAUAGUCAGAACUGGAGAAGCUGCUCCGGUGUGCAGGUGAUGUGCUGAACAAGUGUAAACAUGGAACACUUGUGGUACUUAGGACUUUUAAUGUUGGCGUUAUGUGUGCUGCUAGAGGUAGAAGCAAGGCCCUCUCUGCAGAAACACAAGCGCUCACGUCAAUCCUGGGAUGGGUCAUCUGCAGACCAUGUUUACAGCUACGAUGAUACUCCUUUGUAUACAAUUGAUGACAACCCGUUACAACGAGAGAAGUCAUACAGGCCAAGCAUGCCUAAUCCUCCUCCUCCUCCGGUAGACACGCCCCAUAAUGAUAAGGAGAAGAAGGACAGCAAGGAAAGCCAGGAGGAAACCAAGUUUGAUACAGAUGAUGAAAAGGAAAACAGAAAAUUUGAAAAGGAAAAAAAUGUUGAUAAGAAAGAUGAAAGCAAAGAGAAAGUAGACAAUGAUAGGUUCUAUGAGGCAAGCGAUAAGGAUGAGCAAUCCAAAGAUAGCGUUGAGGAAAAGGGGAUAAGGAAAGAGGAGAAAAAAGCUGUACCUGAUGAUAAAGGAAAUGAUAAGAAAGCAGCAAUGAAUGGCAAGGAGAAAACAAAGGCAUCUAUGAACGGAGAUAAAGAAGAGAAAGCACUGAAAAGAGGUGAAAAGGGGAUGACAAAGACGGACAAAAAGAAACAAACAAACGGAGAAGAGACGGUCACAGAUGAGACCAUGGAAGGAUUCCUGAAGGAAAUUUAUGGAAAAAAAUAUCCAUAUGGCAUUUUUGGUGGAUCAUACGCAAAAUUCGAAGAAAGCAGGAGAGGUUUCAAAGGAGCAGACAAGAAAGGUUUUGGCAAGGAUUCUAAUAAAAAGGCAAUGGAAAACAUAGACAAUAGGACACCCCUAAAGGAAACACAAGAGGACUUUAAGGAGGCAGACAAAGAAGGACUAGCCCACAGCUUAAAGGAAACUGAUGAGAGUUUCAAGGAACCAGAUAGAAAAGACAACAGUUUUAAAGAAGCAGAUAGAAAAGACAACAGUUUUAAAGAAGCAGAUAAGCAAAACAAGAGUUUUAAGGUAGCCAGCAAGCAAGAUGAAGACAAGAGUUUCAAAGGGGCAGAUAAGAAAGAUCAAAGCUUUAGGGAAGAAGAUAAAAAAGACCAGAGUUUCAAGGUAUUAAGUGAGCCGGAUCAAGACAAGAGUUUCAAGGAAGCAGAUAAGGACAAUAGUUUCAAGGAAGCAGACAAAGAAGACAACAACAGUUUUAAAGAAGCAGAUAAGAAAGACAAUAGCUUCAAGGUAUCAACCAAGCCAGAUCAAGACAAGAGUUUCAAGGAAGCAGAUAAGAAAGACAAGAGCUUCAAGGAAGCAGACAAAGAAGACAACAAGAGUUUUAAAGAAGCCGAUAAAGAAGGCAAGAGCUUCAAGGUAUCAAGAGAGCCAGAUCAAGACAAGAGUUUCAAGGAAGCAGACAAACAAGAGGAGAGCUUCAAGUUAACAAAUAGCAAUAGUUUUGAAGAAGAUGACAAAAAAAUAUUUGAACAAGAUACCAAAGAAAAAUUUGGAAAUGAGGAUGAAAAGGACUUUAAAAAAAAUGAUGAAGAACAACACAACAAAUUCGGAAAAAAAGAUGAUAACAAAAGCUUCAAAACAGAAGAUAGAAAAGGAUUAAAUAAUUAUAGAAAUCAAAAAGAAACUGUUAAUAAGAUGUACCAAAGUAAAGAUAAGUCGUUCAAGAAGGAUGAUGAACAGAUGCAAGGUGAUAUGCCUUUUACUGAGGGUGAGGGAAACCUGGCAGAGAUGAAUAUGUUUGGAGAAGAUGACACAGAAGGCCUACAUCUAAAACCUGACCUUGGUCCUGUUAUUGAUGAAUCUGGGGACAUAAACCUCCAACGACUCACCCAACAAAUACACACUGGAGAGGAGACAUCAAACACUGUACAGGCUCCAAUCUUAGAAAUGAAGUCAGAAAUGGACCCAUACAGGACUCCAUUUGACUCACAAACAAGUCCAAACCCACCCACCACCAAACCCACCAAGGUCACCCCAGUGACAGCCAUCCAGGACAGGAAGACAAUUGAGGGACACCUAAUAUCUAUGUCCUAUGAGACAUGUUACGAGGAUGGUGAUUGUGCGACAGGGCGAGUAUGUCUGGAAGGUGUGUGUGCCUGUGGUGGGGACACUAUGUGUCUGGGCCACAAGAAGGCAGUGUGUGGGACAGACGGUCUGCUCUACCCCAGUCACUGUGAACUACACAGACAGGCCUGUAUCCAGGGCCAUCACAUUAGGAUUGACCACCAAGCUCGCUGCCUCAGCCACCACGAGGCUGGAGAUGGUAGCAAGCCCGACCACCUUCAAGGAACCCUUUGUGAGUAUGAGGAACGACAAGGUGUUGAAGCCAUCCUGUGGGGAAUGGACGUGACGUUCACCGUGGUUAGAACCAUGGAGGAGUGUCUCGAGUCAUGUGACCGGGCCCAGGUGACCGGUCUGUGUGUGGCAUUUGAGUUUUCUGCCUCCAGUGGUCAGUGUGCAUUGUAUGAAAACAAGGAUGACAUUGUCUACCGACCCAAUAUUGACAUGACCUUCUUUAACCAGGUCCGCUGCAGAAAGGAAAUAGACCCACGGUGUGAGUUUGAGGAAGUGCGGGUUUCAGCUGAACAGGUGUUUGCCACGUGUAACAUUCGCACUAAGACUGGGCUGACUUUGGACCAGUGUAAGGAACAGUGUUCUGGCUGUCAUGCCUUUACCUACAUACCUGAGAGUGGGGACUGUGAGGUUCACCAUAACAAGGCCUGUACGUCCAUGCUGGACGAGAAGGGUGUGGCCCACUACGUACAGAAAUGUGAUCACACAGGUUCCAUGUGCGAGUAUAUUGAGAUCAUUCCUGGUAGUGCACCUUUCAUGUGUAGUACCUCGUCUACAAGCACGGAGAACCUAGUCGAGUGUCACGACGCCUGUGUCCUCAGUAGCUGUGAGGCCUUCAAGUACAAGAUGGAUCAGUCAGGAAGCUGUGACCUGUACUUCGACAACUCCUGUAUCAGUAUGCUGGACAAGAGGAAGGAGAACUACUAUGUACGCCGCUGUACCAACCCAGAAGAAUGUAAGUACGAGGAAGUAAGGAUGACCAGCAAUGACCCGUGUAGUAUGGUGUCCAGUAGUACGGACACGAUUGACCAAUGUAGAGACGCCUGUAGUGACUGUGUCGGGUUUAAAUUUGACUACCAGACUGGAGGAUGUAGUCUGUACAAUCAGGAAUCCUGUCUCCCAGACAAGAAACUCAACUUCUACAUCAUCCGCUGUCCAGUAGAGGAGUCUCGGACUCUAGAACUUGGAAAGGAGGAGGAUUCUGUCAAUAUACAGAUAGGAGGCUCAGUGGAUACACCACAGAGACAAGUACCAGAGGAGUUAAGGAAUGAGGUAAUUCCUCAGGAAACCUCGGUAAUCGAGGGAGGAGCCCAGAGGUUGGAACAAGUUAUCACUAGUGAUGUAAAGAAGGCUGGACCUACAGCUCCGCUGGUCGAGGACAAACCGGUAACUUCAUCUGAAGAGGAAACUUCAUCAGAGGAAGAUGAGGAAGAUGAUGAGGAGGAGGAUGAGGAUGAGGAAGACUACAAUGAUAUGACAGAGCUGGAGAAGAAGAUCAUGGGAGUGAAGCCAAUCAUGGAGGCUGGAGAUUCCCUGUGUACUGAUGAGGACUAUGUCAAGUUUAAGGCUGCCCUUCUCAGAUACCACUGUGUCAGAUUUGGCCGCAAGGACUGCGACAAAACUCAGCUACCAAACAAGGAUUACAUCGCCACGCUGAUGUACAGUUACUACGAUCGGGACAUGGAUGGAGCGGUGGAUACACAGGAACUCUGGGAAACUCAGGUCAUCAAUAAGUUUGGUAAACUGUCCGACAAAUGUACACUCGUGGACAUCAUGAAGUUUGACAAUAAAGGAAAUGGUGACGGCAUUAUGGACAAGAACAAGUUUGUCAAAGCCUUCGACAUUCCUAAAGAGAUACUGAAACAGAAAGUGGAGCUCAUCCCCAUCCUGGCUACCAUGGGUAACGGUCUGGAGAUCCAGUGUGGCAUCCACCCUACAGAAGGGUCAGAGGUCGUGUGGGAAAGACACACUAUAGAUGUGGCCAUGGUCAGCUUCCCCGACAUAGCUGUUUUCAGUGACGGCACCCUUUACUUUGACAAUGUUGGUGUACACCACACUGGAAACUACACUUGUUACGAUCGUGACCAGCCAGGAGUCAAACAGGUCCACCAACUUCACGUCCAGAUGAUCCCCAGAGUUAAAGUGUCCCCUCCCAGCCAGCUGCUGCACGUGGACAACGCUGAUGUAUCAAUUCAUUGCCAUGCUGAGGGCAUUCCACCUCCGAGGAUCUCCUGGGAAGUAAACGAAAAACCUUUACCUAAAAUCCCAAACCACUUCAUAAGAUCUCAUAAGAAUGGGACCUUGACAAUUUAUCAUACAGACUACCAGAGGGACACGGGUGCCUACAAGUGUGUAGCAGAAAACACCGCAGGAAGGGCUGAAGAUAUUGCCACCAUCUUCAUCCAUAAACCUAAUGAAACCAUGCUCAGUUACAAGAACAUGCCCAUUCGUCAGUCAGUGUACACCUUCCACAAGGGCGGAUACAGCGUAUAUGAUCCAAAUGGCUGUCUUACUCAACGCAGUGUGAAGGCCAAUUUCGGUAAUCUACAGUACAUCCCUGAGGAGCUGGACAAGGCCCCAUCCCUGUGUGAGGAUAACAAACCCUGUGCCUGGGGUCAGGCCAUUAAUGUUAUGGACAAGUAUGUCUAUAUCAGCCAGCCCGACCAACACAGAAUUGUCGUCAUCGACUCGCAGAAGUCAAUGAACCCUGUCCAGUUUGUAAAGACAGACAAGUUCCCUGUGAAGCUGCACUACGUUGAACAUCUAGAUGAAGUGUGGGUGCUUUGUUGGAACUCGGACAGAAACACAGGCUCCAAGACAAUUGUGGUAAUCCGUGACGCUAGCAAGGACAGCAGGCAUCACAUGGUACACACUCAGCCAAUCGGCUACCGAUUUGAUCUGGUACAAGACAUGUUCCUGCCGCCCCAGAAUGACCUUGGACAUGCCUUCCACUAUGGUUAUGUAAUUCACAAUGAACAGCGUGGCCUGUUUAAACUUGACCUUGACACCAUGCGCUACACCAAGGCCGUCGACCUCAGUAAUUUUGAUUGUGUCCCCCAGAAAGUUGCGUUCAUCCCAAUUGGUGGCCAUGUUGUGGUGAAGUGCAUUAAGAAGAUGAUGGACGACACGAGGACUCUCCAGAUCCUGAUGGACUACGUGACUGAUGUUCCUUUAGCCAAUAUCACUAUGUAUGGUACUCCAUACGUGUCUCCGGACUCACGCACCAUCAUUACCGUGGACGAGGUCACUGGCAAGGUCAGGGUGGCCACCAUUCAGGAAGAUGGUCAGAUCAAGAAGGGUAUUGAGGUGAGCGUGGCUUCCUCCAUCAGUGACGUGACAUUCUUCCCAUCCCAGGUCAACACGGGAUAUGACCUUUAUCUGACCUCACAGGAACACGCCCAGGUCUUCCAUGUUAAUCUGAUCGAUGGACAAGUUACAACUAUCAAAGAUGCUGAAGACCCCAGAACUGUCCAAGUAUGGCCAUGGUCCCAGACGACACGCUCCAUAGUACAUGGAAAUGUGUUCAGCGAAUACCUUGCCACACCCUCGGAGUCAUCCCUGGUCAUUGUGAAUGGACGUGACAUGCAUGUGCACUGUAAAUUUGCAGACUUGGACAGCCCAGAUUCUGUACUUUUCUCUGUGUCUCACCUUGGCUGAACAUCUCUCUCAUGAAUCC